CACGCACCCAAAAGCUAUACCCUUAAAUCACACACGUCCAAGGUGCCGUGAUUCUUUUUUUGUUUGUUUUAAUAUCCCCGAGAAACCUUGCAAAGAAGCUUCCUGGAGCGUUCCGGCCAUGCAGAGGAACUGCAGAGCAGCUGAACGGAGGAAAAGGCAGGUACUGCUUCCCUUCCUGCUGUCUUUGUUCUGCGGGGCCCUCUCCCAGCAGAUCCGCUACACGAUUCCGGAGGAGCUGGCGACCGGCUCGCUGGUGGGGCCUCUCGCCACCGAUCUGGGGCUCAGCGCCCAGGAGUUGCCGGCCCGAAAACUCCGGGUUAGUGCAGAGGAGGAGUAUUUCAGCAUCAGCGCGGAGAGCGGGGAUUUGGUAAUGAGCGGUCGGAUAGAUCGAGAGAAGAUAUGCGGGAAGAAAUCAGAAUGUGCUCUAGAAUUUGAAGCGGUCGCUGACAACCCAAUGAACAUUUUCCACAUAGUUGUGGCCAUCCAGGAUAUUAACGACAAUGCACCACAUUUCACUGCAAAAUAUAUUGAUCUGGAGAUUUGUGAAUCAGCCUCACCUGGGGUAAAAUUCUCUCUGGACUCUGCGCAAGAUGCGGAUGUAGAAAGUAAUUCGCUGAAGAUAUAUACCAUCAACUCCAAUCAGUAUUUCUCAGUAUCCACAAAAGAGAGUCCCGAUGGAAGUAAAUACCCAGAACUACUGCUGGAAAAACCUCUGGACAGGGAACAACAGAGCUCCCAUCAAUUGAUCUUGACUGCCAAGGACGGCGGGACCCCUUCUCUCACGGGUACCACCCAGGUCAGAAUCCAGGUCACUGACGCCAAUGAUCAUGCUCCUGUAUUUAGUCAGGAGGUAUACCGAGUCAGCCUCCAAGAAAACGUGUCCCCGGGCCACCCUGUGCUGCGUGUGACAGCCACCGACCAGGACGAGGGCAUUAACGCUGAGAUCACAUAUGCCUUCCACAAUGUGCCCACAAGUACCAGCCUUCUCUUCAGACUCAAUCCACAUACUGGUGACAUCACAACCAACGGCACUUUGGACUUUGAAAAAACAAGGAGCUACGUAUUGGGUGUAGAAGCCAAGGACGGAGGGGUGCAUACAGCUCGCUGUAAUGUUCAGAUUGAAAUUAUUGAUGAGAAUGACAAUGCCCCGGAAGUGACAUUCAUCUCCUUCUCUAACCAGAUUCCAGAGGAAGCAAACCUUGGAACAGUAAUAGCCCUCAUUAAAGUGCGGGACCAGGAUUCUGGACACAAUGGCUUAGUGACAUGCUAUAUUCAGAAAGAAGUUCCCUUUAAAUUAGAGCCCACCUCCAAGAAUUAUUAUAAGCUGGUGAUUGAUAGGGCACUGGACCGGGAGCAGACAGCAGAGUAUAAUAUCACCAUCAUAGCCACUGACAAAGGACAGCCGCCCCUCUCCUCCAGCACAAGUGUCACCCUGCACAUCGCUGAUGUCAACGACAACGCUCCAGUUUUCCAUGAAGCCUCCUACGUGGUCCACGUGGCUGAGAAUAACCCUCCCGGCGCCUCCAUUGCACAGGUCAGCGCCACCGAUCCAGAUCUGGGACCCAACGGCCAAGUCUCCUACUCCAUUGUGGCCAGCGACCUGGACCCGCGGGCGCUGUCGUCCUACGUGUCCGUGAGCGCGCACAGCGGGGUCGUGUUCGCGCAGCGCGCCUUCGACCACGAGCAGCUGCGCGCCUUCCAGCUGACGCUGCAGGCGCGUGACCAGGGCUCGCCCGCGCUCAGCGCCAACGUCAGCCUGCGCGUGCUGGUGGGCGACCGCAACGACAACGCGCCCAGAGUGCUGUACCCCGCGCUGGAACCUGAUGGCUCCGCUCUCUUCGACACCGUCCCGCGCGCCGCGCAGCCUGGCUACCUGGUCACCAAGGUGGUGGCGGUGGACGCAGACUCAGGACACAAUGCCUGGCUGUCCUACCACGUGCUGCAGACCAGCGAGCCCGGGCUCUUCAGCGUGGGGCUGCGCACGGGCGAGGUGCGCACAACGCGAGCAUUAGGCGACAGGGAUGUGACCCGCCAGCGGCUGCUGGUCGCUGUGCGAGAUGGAGGACAGCCACCUCUGUCGGCCACAGCCACACUACUCCUGGUCUUCGCAGACAGCCUGCAGGAGGCGCUGCCGGACCUCGGCGAUCGCCCUGAACCCUCUGACCCCCAGUCUGAGCUGCAGUUCUAUCUGGUCUUGGCUUUGACCUUGGUCUCCGUGCUCUUCCUCCUCGCUGUGACUCUGGCAGUCGCUCUGCGCCUGAGAAGCUCUUCCAGUUCCUCCACAGGGGGUUGCUUUCCAUCCGGUCUCUGCUCCAAAUCUGAACCUGGGGUUCUCCCAAACUACAGCGAAGGAACGCUGCCCUAUUCCUACAAUCUAUAUGUUGCCACCCAAUCAGCAAAAGCAGAAUUUAAUUUUCUCAACGUGACCCCGGAAAUGGCUCCCCCGCAGGAUCUCUUAAGUGAUGAUCCUUCUGCGAUUGUGUGUGCCAGUAAUGAAGAUGCCAAAACCACUUAUGAUCCUUCUUUUUCCUCUCACGUGAGUUUCUGCAAGCCUACUUAAAUUAUCUGUGCUGUAUUUCCUUCUCACUGGUGGGUAACAGCUACCGAAGGGUAGUUGUUCCUUGUUCUGUGACGGCAGCUAGUAAAGAGUGUGCGUUCGACUGGUUCCUUGAUUGCUCGGUAGUCUUAGUAGUUCCCUAGCUACCGCUGCUUCUUUUUAUCUGUCAGCAUUUCUGUAUAUGCGUGGUAAAUCUUGGUAGAGAGAGCUUGCUCCUGAUGACACCACUUUUAAUAAUAAC